AUGUCCCAAAAGUACAUAAUCCUAGCGGACCUCGCGUUGGCGGCCAUCGUGGGCGCCCACCUUGUCCUCGCGCCUUACACCAAAGUCGAGGAGUCAUUCAACAUCCAGGCCGUUCACGACAUGCUCAACUACGGCGUGUUCCCCGCACUGGUCCUCGACAAGUUCGACCACAAAACGUUCCCGGGCGUCGUGCCCCGCACGUUCGUCGGCAGCGUGGCCGUUGCCGCGCUGGUGAAAGUCCUUGACUUGUUGUCCGUGCUCGUGACAGGCGCCUCGUUUGUGGCCGACGGCAAAACCGGCCAGUUGCACGUGCAAAUGGCCGCCCGCGCCGUGGUGGCCGCCGCCAACGUCUGGGGCUUCCGCCGCUUGCGGCAAAGCCUUGCUGCCGUGCUGCCUGGAAAACCGGCCGGGCCGCUUUUCUACUCCGCAAUGCUCUUGGCGCAGUUCCACGUGGUGUUCUACGCGUCGCGCAUGUUGCCCAAUUUCGUGGCCAUGCCGCUUGUCAACUUGGGCCUCGCCAAACUCGUGUCCGGCGAUCUCCGCGGCUUGACGUGGCUCGCGUUUGUGGGCGUGGUGUUCCGCCUCGAGGUGGGGGUGCUUGCCUCCAUCGUGGCGCUCGUGUCGUCCUUGGUGUUCGGCCAGUCGAACGUACUCCAGGGCUUUUCCAUGCUUGCCGCGGGCUCGGUGGUGGGGCUCGCCUUGACCUACUCGGCAGACCUGUAUUUCUGGGGCUCGCCCACCUUCCCGGAGCUCCAGGCGUUCGUCUUCAACGUGGUGCACGGCAAAUCCGCGGAGUGGGGCGUCGAGCCGUUCUCCGCGUACUUCACCAAGUACAUCGCCAACUUUUUCAGGCCGCCGCAUGUGCUCGUGCUCGCGGUGCUUGGUCUCUUGCGUGACCCGGCCCGUGCUUCCGGAAAGGCCGUGGCUGGCUCUGGCGCAACAGGCCCCAGUCCGGCAAGAAACUCCUUGAGGAUCUUGGCCGUUUCGGCGCUCUUGUUUGUCCUGGCCAUGUCCCUCCAGCCCCACAAGGAGUGGCGCUUUGUCAUCUACGUUGUGCCCAUCUUGACGCUCUUGGCGGGCAACGGCUUUGCCCAUUUAUGGUACAAGCCUUCGGCCCUGUACGCGCACAAGCUCCUCGUGCUCUUAGUCAUGGGAAGCACGUUGGCCUCGCUCUUCAUCUCCUCAUUCAUGGCGUACGCCUCCAGCUUCAAUUACCCGGGAGGGGCGGCCAUCCACUAUGUGAACCAGCUUGUCUCGGAAGUACCGGCACACACCCAGGUCACCGUGCACAUGGACGUGCCCGCGUGCAUGACUGGCAUCACGCGCUUCACCGAGCUCCACCGGGCCAACAUUGUGUUUGACAAGACGGAAACAGAGCACGCGUUGGCCAGGAUCUGGAACAGCGUGGACUACUUGAUCUCCCACAGGAACAUGGACGAGCCGCACGUGUCGGACUUGGUCAUCUACGACGCAAGCCAUUGGAUCCGCCUCCACCUGGUGCCUGCCUUCGUGGGCAUUGAUGUCCAGGGCGUGGUGCGCAGCGUCCAGCUUCUCGUGGGCAACCCGAAGUUCAGGUCGCAGGUCGCCGCGUCUGCGUGGGCGGAGUUGAAAGUCGGCAAGUUCACAACGCUUGCUGCCUUGGUCGAUCGUUCCAUCGUGUUAAGAGACUACUUGCACAUAUACAAACGCACGGCCCCGGACCCCAUGCCCGCCAUUCUCGAAUUGGAUCCCGAGAAAGAAGAAUUGGAAGCCGAGCAACUCUUGAUGAAAGAGUACGAAGAGCAGCUCGCAAACCAAAUCGAUCCUCAAGAUAUCCGUGAGUCUGUCAACGAGCAGAUCGACGAUCUCGAGGACGCUGUGAACGCUAGGCACGACACAGACGAGCUCUGA